UCUAACGAUAACAACUCAGAUGAGGGCGGUAACUUUGACUACGACGCUACUCCCUUUUAUACCGAUGAGUCGUUCAACUCAGUCGAAGAACUGACGGGAUGGGCGCAAGCAACAGCAAUGUCGCUAGGUUAUGUCCUAGUAAAGGGUAGAUCAAAAACAAAUGCAGCGGAUGACAUUUCUAGAGUAUUACUCAUUUGCGAUCGUGGUGGUACAUACCGUAAGAGGAGUAAGGGCAUCAGAAAGAGUUUUUCAAAAAAAUGUAAUUGUCCAUUCAAAUUGCAAGGUUAUUAUUCGGAAUAUGGUUGAAGGGUAAAUGUGAUAGAUCAUACACAUAAUCAUGACAUAGAUGAUGUGUAUGGUCAUGCGUUUGCCAAACGUUUUUCUCCAGCCGAAGAAGAAUGGGUAUGGAGGCAGUAUUACUUAAAACUGAAUGCGCAAGGUAUUUUUGAUGGAUUAAGAAAGGAAGUUCCAAACAACCUAUCUCUCAUCAAAGAUGUACACAACUUACUGGAAAAAAUAAGAAACGAAGAGGCCCAAAAGAUUGGAAAUACUCCAAUGCAGACUUUAAAACGGACACUUGGUGAAGGCUGGCUCGUGAGUCUUACAAUUACUGAUAAGGAGCUAGCACUGAUGAAUGCAUGUCGGAAUGUGGUGCCGAAUGAUGCGCGACAACUCUGUAGAGUUCACAUAAGGAGGAAUAUAAUAAAACAUUGUGAGCCGGUAUUUAAGAAUAAGGGGGCUCUUUAUUCUUUUCUUCAUCGGUGGAAAGUACUUAUUGAAUCUCACACGAUUGAGGAUUACAUCACUAGAGAUGAAGCACUUCAAGAGUAUUUGAAAAGUUAUCCAGGUGUUUAUCGUAAUGUGAGCUUAAGUUGGUUGUCGCAAUAUAAGGAACUUUUUGUGUCUUGUUGGGUGGAUCUACACCUCAACUUUGGCCAAUACAAUACGAAUAGAGUCGAGUCGGAGCAUGCGCUGUCAAAGAGUCACUUGGAUGGCCAAAGAGCGCGCCCACAUAGGCUUGUUGAGUGCAUUACUCGUAUUGUAGAUAGUCAACAUAUAGCAAUCAGAGAAACCUUUUCAAAAAGCAAGAUUAAAUGCAACACAGAUCACGAUAUACCAUGUUUCAAACGACUACAUGGGUUCGUUUCCAUAAUGCUUUGGAAAUCAUGCUACAAGAGAUUAAACGUAUCAAAGACGAUGAUAUAGCGGGGGACCCAUCUCGUUGUGGUUGUAAGUUAUUUACCAGUUGUGGGCUACCGUGUGCUUGCAGACUUGUAUUGUAUGUCUACCAUGGUUAGUAUAUCCGAUUAAAAUAAACUCGUUUGUAUAAUAAUGCAAAGUUAAACAUACUCAUAAUAAAAUUUAGACAGAAAAAAACUAUGUAAAUUUUAAUCUAUAAGGUUAAGCAACAAUA